AUUACUAAAAAGGAGGCCUCUGUGUGCCAUGCCCUGUGCAUCCCCUUUCGCAUCACUCCAUUCAUGGUCCCAACAACACUGUCGAGUUGGGGUAACUCCACCUGACAGCUGAGAAAACAAUGCAAGUCACUUGCUCAAGGACACAGCAAGUCAGCAAAGCUGGGGUUUGAACCCAUCCUGCCAGAGGCACUUGGUACCUAGUGCUCUUGCCACAGCAGCAGAGCCCUCUAAGGGAGGAGGCGUGAUCUGAGGCCCCUGGAUGUGGACAGAUGGACACUGCCCCUCAGAGUGGGCCUGCCUGGGAAAGAAGCUGGUAUGGGGUGGGACUUCACACUUGUCCCCAUCUGCACUCUUCCCUUCCCCCUCCCCCACCACGUGACAUUCAAAACCAGGAGGAUGGUGCUCUGGUCCCAGAAGUCUUGGUUACAGUUGGCUUUAACCCAUGCCCCCCCCCCCCAGCAGCUUUGGGGGUCUGGCGAUCUAGAGAAAUGCCCCCCACCAGUCCUCCAUCCACACCUUCUCCAGCCUUGGGGGGCAGGGAGGGGACACAGCGCUGCAUCAUUCCCCGUGGCACUCCUCGCUAAGGCCAUUAACAGACGCCUCCCCAUCGAUCGCAUCUGCUAAGUGCUGCUGAUUCAGACGGGUGGGGGUGGGGUCCCCUAGGGGCAGGGGGGUAGGAGCUGGGCAGGGAGAGGGGGAGUCCAGGAAGGAGGUGGGGAGAACUGGCAAAGCUCCCUACCACCCCCAUUUUCCAGAUGACGCGACUGAGGCCCAACCAGCUUUAUAGGAGGCGGAGUCUCCCCAGGGUCCCUCUCAGGCGGUCCUAGGGGAGGGGGCUCUGGGAGCCACGAGGCCCCUCCCUGCCUCGCCAUCUCCCGGCAAGCUCAGAGGGGCGGGGAGAGAGAGCCAGAGGAGGAGGAGAACUCGGGCAGCUCUGCAGAGGGGGGCAGGAGCUCCGGUGUUUGGUACCCCCAGCCCCUCCGCUGUUGCCGUUUGCUGCAGUGGGGACACAGGUGAGGUCGGCCCUGUGGGUAGUGGGAGGGGGCCACUAACAGCGCUGCCCUUGCCCUUCCCUGGUCCAGCUCCCACGCCCUAGCCCAUCCUGGGACAGUCCCCCUGGGUCCUGCUGGACCUCGUCCUUGCAGAGCCUCCUUCCAGGGACCCAGCCCCCUCCCCUGUCUGUGCUGCCUUCUCUCCCAGGCCUGGCUGUGGCUGCUUCUCCUCCUCCUGCAGCCGCUGCUGCUACUGCUGCUGCCCAGCGCACACCACCAGCCCCUCGGGGUGUGGUUUCCCCAGACCAGCCCCCAAUAGUGGGACGCAGCCUUAUCUUGGCUUCCCUCAUCAGCCUCCUGUAAGGCCCAGCAGCCCCUCUUCCUGGAGACACACCCAACUCCCUUUCAACAUCCCACUCCAAUUUCCAACCCAUUUUGGGGAGAACCCCCUUUUCUUCUUAGUCUUUUUCAAUCCUCUGGGUCUGUGUCCAACUUCCUUCCAAUUGAGCCCAGCCCCUUGGGGUUCCCCGGGUCCCUUUCCUCUCCCUGGAACUCCUGAGAGUGGAGCAGGCUUUCUCAGUCCCCCAAGAUACCCCUCUCCCCCAGACACGCCUCAGCCUCUGAAAAAUAACCUUGCCCUUUCUCUACCCCGUUAGACACCUCACUCCCUUCUCCAGCCCCACUAGGAGCCCCACCUCUCCUUCCUUCCCCAAACUCCUGUAGAAUGUAGACACCCCCCUCAGGCUAUUCUUGGCAGCUCUAGGCACUCCCAAGACACCUCUCAGCCUCUUUACAACCUCCUGGCUCUAUAGACAUCCCUCAGGUGCACCAACCCCUUUCCUAGAUCCAAGAAGGGAUUUCAACCCCCUUAUCUUUUCCCAGAAGUCUUCAGGGUGUGGACCACCCUCCUCACCUUUCUCACCACCACCCCCUAGCCUAGAACUCCCCUCCAGACCCUGAUCUCAGCCUCUUCAAACACUUCUGGUCCUAUUUCUACCCUCCAGAAUGCCCCAAUCCCCUCUCCAAUGCAGCUAAAGAGGUCUAGCCCCUUCUUCCAUCAGAACUGAGUGUAGACAGCUCCCGUGUUUCUUGCCCCCACUAGAUACCCUCAGAUAUCUCAGGCACACGCUGACCCCUCUAGAAUCAUCUCAGUCUCUAAACGCUCCCUCAGAUCCUUCUCUGUCCCUCCAGACGCCCCUUCUCUGCUCCUUUCUAUGUCCCCUAGCCCCUUCUCAGUCCCUCAAGACAUCUGUCUGGUCCCUCCCAGGCCCUCUAAAUGCCCUCCAAGCCCCUGCCCCUGUCUCUAGUUCCUCCUCCAGUUUCCUCUUGGCCUCUCUAGACAUCCCCAGUUUCCUUGUGUGAGUGGCCCCGGGCCCCUCCAAGCCCCCACCAUCCUGGAGACAGCCACAUUCUCCUAAAGGCCAGCCCCCCAAGUCUCCUAGGGCCUGGGGCGCGCGGCAGGAUGGCGGCAGGCGUGGCCACGUGGCUGCCCUUUGCGCGGGCGGCUGCGGUGGGCUGGCUGCCCCUGGCCCAGCAGCCCCUGCCCCCGGCACCAGGGGUGAAGGCCUCUCGAGGGGAUGAGGUUCUGGUGGUGAACGUGAGCGGACGGCGCUUUGAGACCUGGAAGAACACGCUGGACCGCUACCCGGACACCCUGCUGGGCAGUUCGGAGAAGGAGUUCUUCUACGAUGCUGACUCGGGCGAGUACUUCUUCGAUCGCGAUCCGGACAUGUUCCGGCACGUGCUCAACUUCUACCGCACCGGCCGCCUGCACUGCCCGCGGCAGGAGUGCAUCCAGGCCUUCGAUGAAGAGCUGGCCUUCUACGGCCUGGUGCCUGAGCUCGUUGGCGACUGCUGCCUGGAGGAGUACCGGGACCGUAAGAAGGAGAACGCCGAGCGCCUGGCGGAGGAUGAGGAGGCCGAGCAGGCCGCCGAAGGGCCAGCCUUGCGGGCCGGCAGCUCCCUGCGCCAGAGGCUCUGGCGGGCCUUCGAGAACCCGCACACUAGCACCGCGGCCCUCGUGUUCUACUACGUGACCGGCUUCUUCAUCGCCGUGUCAGUCAUCGCCAACGUUGUCGAGACCAUCCCGUGCCGAGGCCCCACGCUGCUGUCCCCCCCCAGGGAGCAUUCGUGUGGGGAACGCUUCCCGACGGCCUUUUUCUGCAUGGACACGGCCUGCGUGCUCAUUUUCACGGGUGAAUACCUCCUGCGGCUCUUUGCUGCCCCCAGCCGCUGCCGCUUCCUACGGAGUGUAAUGAGCCUCAUAGACGUGGUGGCCAUCCUGCCCUAUUACAUCGGCCUUUUCGUGCCCAAGAAUGAGGAUGUGUCCGGCGCCUUUGUCACCCUUCGCGUGUUCCGGGUGUUCCGCAUCUUCAAGUUUUCCCGGCACUCACAGGGCUUGCGAAUUCUGGGCUACACACUCAAGAGCUGUGCUUCUGAGCUGGGCUUCCUCCUCUUUUCCCUCACCAUGGCCAUCAUCAUCUUCGCCACUGUCAUGUUUUAUGCCGAGAAGGGCACAAAGAAGACUAACUUUACUAGCAUCCCCGCAGCCUUCUGGUAUACCAUUGUCACCAUGACCACACUUGGAUAUGGAGACAUGGUGCCCAGCACCAUUGCUGGCAAGAUUUUCGGAUCCAUCUGCUCACUCAGUGGUGUCCUGGUCAUCGCUCUGCCUGUGCCAGUCAUUGUUUCUAACUUCAGCCGCAUCUACCACCAGAACCAGCGCGCUGAUAAGCGCCGAGCACAGCAGAAGGUGCGCUUAGCAAGGAUCCGGUUGGCAAAGAGUGGCACCACCAACGCCUUCCUGCAGUACAAGCAGAACAGGGGCCUCGAGGACAGCGGCAGUGGGGAGGAACAGGCCCUGUGUGUCAGGAACCGUUCUGCUUUUGAGAAACAACAUCACCACUUGCUGCACUGUCUAGAGAAGACAACGUGCCAUGAGUUCACAGAUGAGCUAACCUUCAACGAGGCCCUGGGUGCUGUCUCGCUGGGUGGCCGCACCAGCCGCAGCACCUCUGUGUCCUCUCAGCCAGUGGGGCCUGGCAGCCUGCUAUCCUCUUGCUGCCCCCGCAGGGCCAAGCGCCGUGCCAUCCGCCUUGCCAACUCCACUGCCUCGGUCAGCCGUGGAAGCAUGCAGGAGCUGGACACUCUGGCGGGGCUGCGGAGGAGCCCUGUCCCUCAGAGCCGCUCAAGCCUCAAUGCCAAGCUCCACGACAACCUUGACCUGAACUGUGACAGCCGGGACUUUGUGGCUGCCAUCAUCAGUAUCCCUACCCCUCCUGCCAACACCCCAGAUGAGAGCCAACCUUCCUCCCCUGGUGGUGGUGGCGGUGGCGGGGCCAGCAGCACCCUCAGGAACUCUAGCCUGGGUACCCCUUGCCUCCUCCCUGAGACUGUGAAGAUCUCUUCCCUGUGAGGGUUAGGCCCAACCAUCCAGAGGGCCCUCUUGAUUCUUGGGGACUCCUUUCCAAAGCCAUAUUUUUGGGGAGACAGACAGGGGCAGGCCUGGGGAAACCCUUCUGCCCCCCACCCCUAUUGAAAACUAUGCAAUGGAGUUGCAUGGAAUGGCCUACCUUGUGGGGAAUGUAGCCAGGGAAUGGGACACCUCCCCCACCCCAGACAGAUUUCCUGGUGGGAGCUGAAUUGCUAGGCUUCCUCAGGCCCCAGCACACUGGGACCAGACCCUCCCCUCAGCUGGCCUCCUGCAUGCUCCUCCCCUUGGGUCCUCAGGCUCCCACCUGACAUCUGAGCUCUAGCCUGAGAAGAGGUGAGACUUCCUCUUCUCUCUGUCAGGGGGCUGUGGAGGUUUGGGGAUUCCGGGAAGAGAACCAUUACCUCUUAUCUGGCCUCCAAGAGAGGUCCCCACCCUCCACCAGGCCCAACAACACCUAAAUUCCAAAGCUUGGAAUGCAACCACAGGCUUCAUGGGCUGUGGCCUCAGCAGUGACCUUCUACCCCCAGGCCUUGCCUCGGGGGUCAGGCUGCCUCUCCCAACACACAUGGAUAGCACAAACACUACCCCCCUUCUCUGGCUGCUGGAAAUGGGUCCUUGCAACUCCAUCCUCUGCUGGGCCCCCAGCAAACUCUAGCAAUAGCAGCUGCUGCUGUGACAUUAUGCAAAGCCUCUGCCCAGUUUGCUGCAUUUACAUCUGCCCUAAUCAGAGGGGCCACCUCUAACACUCCUCCUUCUCUCCCCUCUGGUUUGCUUCUUUCCUGGGUUGGGCCGGAGUCUGGACUGGCUGAGAUAAGCACCUGGCAACCAACAGGGGUUGGGCUGGGUUUGGAGAUCAUGAGCUGAUUCCUUGUGCUUGGGCAGGAGUCCAGAAGCGCCAGGGGCUGAGGCCUGGGUUGUUCUUGAACUCUGGGAGUUGUAGAAGGCAGGAGGAACUUCUCUCCUCCUCCCCACAACACCUUUUCACAUAUUCCUCUCUCUUCUCCCUCUUGGGUCACCUUCCGGAACUCUGUGUUUGCUCUCAGGCUGAUUAUCUGGCAUCAUCUCAGGUUCCCUGUCCCCGUGGAGCUGGUGGCUGACAAAGAUGUAGUUUUCAUCAGUCAAUAAAACCUGAGAGGAGAGAUGAGAA